AUGGCAGUUACUGGUGGUUUAAAGGAAAUUCUAUCUCGCUUUUGGACUUGUGAAGAAGUUGAUUCUCUCAACAAUUAUUCUCCCAUGAAAGCGAAGUGCGAGGCGCACUAUAGUAGCACGGUCAAACGAGGUAAGGAUGGGCGGGAUACAGUUUCUCUUCCAAAGGAUGAUACCGUUCUGCCAAAAAUAGGCGAAUCAAGAGAUAUUGCCUUCCGACGUCUUCAAGGGAUAGAAAGACGAUUGUUUCGAGAACCGCAGUUACGAGAGCAAUACGAGCGGUUCAUGAGGGAGUAUUUGGAGCUAGGGCACAUGCACAGAGUGGAUGUGUCAACCGACAAGGCAAGUAGGUGUUAUUUACCUCAUCAUCCUGUUGUUAAGAAGAGCAGCACGACCACCAAGGUCCGGGUGGUUAUCGAUGCGUCUUGUAACACAAGUACAGGCGUAUCACUGAACGAUGCAUUGCUGGCAGGGCCAGUGAUCCAAGAAAAUUUGCGUUCCAUAAUGGGCGCGAAUCAAACAAAUGGUGGCAGACGUGGAAAAAUGUUCCGUCAAAUCUGGAUAGACCAGAAGGAUCUUCUGUUGCAGAACAUACUGUGGCGGAAAGAUUUCGGUGUGCAAGCCGAAUCGUACGAAUUUCGUACAGUAGCCUACGGGACAAAACCAGCGCCGUAUCUGGCGACAAGAACUUUGAAGCAGUUAGCGUUGGACGAACAGCAAAGGUUCCCGAUGGCGGCAAGGGCGGUCAUGGAAGACGUAUACAUGGACGACGUUUUGACGGGAGAGGAUAAGGCCGAGGUGGCGAAACAAUUGCGAAUGCAGCUUGACAGUAUGAUGGAGACUGGCGGAUUCCAUCUGAGGAAAUGGGCAUCCAAUUCAACAGAAUUCCUGAACAAAAUCUUGCGUUAG